AUGCAGAUGAAUGUGGACGUGGAGGCCUGGCUCAGCGCCAAAUUGGAAAAUCCCUGGUCUUCUGAGCGGCUGGCAUCUACACUCUCGGUGCCGACCCUGCAGCAGAUCAAAUCGCGUUUCGCACUACUCGACACACCCAUCAAGCUUCGGCUCCUCUUCUCCUUCGCGUCCUUGCGCAAGAAGCUCAAGGAUGAGCUCGAGAGCGAGGUGCAAGACCUACUCGUUCUGGGCAGUGAAGACGAUGACGAGUGGGUGCGCGUCAUAUCGAAGAUGUUGGAAGUGCUGCUGAAGGAGGGACCGCCCGAAGGUGAAGGAUCGAGCGGUGGAGGAAGGGGCGGGGACAUCAGCAAGAAUGGACCGUCAUCAAACGGCACCACGACACUACACAGCCAUCUGGAGGCUCUCGCCCUGGCGCUCAACAACGAACAUUUCACGGACGUAAUCGAGCAAGUGCGGCAGCGACUUGAGGAGCGAACAGAGCCCCUCCGGUUUCACCCUCUUGAGUUUCCCUUCCUCAACAAAGAGCUGGUGCCCGAGCUGCCUACAACAACGGAGCCACACUUCAAACUCAAGAAGCCGCUGGAGGAGCCCGCGCCGCCACCUUCCAUCCUGAAGCGAUCCACCUCUAAGACAGUCCCCUUCAAGUCUUCCACGCCAGACGUGGGCGCAGAGAAGGGUGGCCUCUCCAAGUCGGGCUCCCACAUGGCCAGAUCCGUGUCUCUGGGCGGUUCAAGUCCUGGCCUUCGCAAUAGCAGCGGCGGCGGCGAAAGGCAUCGCCUCUCCUCCUCCUCCUUUUUCCGGACCGAGCUCUUACCUAUGUCGGGUAUCAAGCGAAGUCUCAAUGCGUCGCGCGGCAGCCUUGGUGGGCUGUCGUCUUCCCAUAAGAAACUUCGCGUUCUCGACCUUGACGAGGUGCUGGGCAUGGAGCAGAAUCAAGAGGUUGAAAAGAUGAAGAAGAAACACGCCGAAGAGGAGCAAGAGAAGGAGCGACGCAGGAAGGAGAAGCACGACAUAGCCGAGGCCAAACGACAGCGGCCGGAGAUGUGCCCCUUCCCGCUCACUUCGUGGUAUUCGCUGCGCCUCCACUUCACACCGACCGUGCAGGAGAGAGAGGAAAAGAAGAAAAAGAGGAACGAAGAGCUGGAGAAGCGCAAGGCCAAGAAGGAGGAAGAGAAGGCCGAAAAAGAAGCAAAGAGAAAAGAGCGGAUUGCUGCGCUGGCACAGGCCAAGGCCCAGAGGAAAGCAGCGGCCGCUGCCGCAGCCGCGUCCAAGAAAUCAGCAACUUCGCCUGAACUGUCGCCCGAACUGUCGCCAACCAUGGACUCGCCGGUGACCACGCCAUCACACACGCCCACCUUUUCUCCGUUGGCCAGUCCCUUCGUGGCCAGCCCAUCGCCGGCUAUGCAGCAGCGCACACCACAGCAGCCCGGCGGCGCGUCGUCCGCACCGUCCGGCCUCUCGUCGCUCACCUCGCCCGGAGGGAUCGGCGUCACGGUGGGCGGGGGCAUGGGCGCGCUGGGGUCGGGCGGCAUCUCCACCGCGCCAUCGGGACCCUACGGCUCCGCCUCCCUCUCCUCCGCGCUGCACUCUGGCGCGUCCGCGGCCUCGCAGCAGCCCGGCAUGAAGCCGUAUUCGUUUGGCGGUGGCCUCAGCCCGCUGGGCGGCGGACCCGGGUCGUCGAGCCUGGGAAGCGCGCCCAGCUUCCUCCAGGGCACGUCGCGGCCAGGCGGCCAGGCCUCAUCGCUGCUGUCACAGGCUCUUCACCCCUCGCAGGCCCCCUCGCAGCCCUACAAUCCCGGACAGCCGGUAUCGCAGUCCUCGCUGCUGUCGGCGUUCUCCGCAUCGCGGCAGCACCCGAUGGCGCACCACCAACAGCAACAGCAGCAGCCGCCGUCGUCCCUGCUCUCGGCCUACAUGAACCAACAGCAGCCCCAGCACACGGGAUACGGAUCGGUUGGGGGCAACUCGCUGGGACUUGGCGGGCAGCCGUCCAUGCUGUCCUCCUACGGAGUGCCACAGCCUCAUAUCCCACCUCAACCAGUGGGCGUGCCGGGCAAUCUGUUGGAGCAGGCCAACAGACUGAGCGACAGGGACCGUCAACUGUUGGUGGCCUUCCUCAAGGGCGAGUCGCCAGGUCAGCUGCCUACGCACGGCGUUCGCCAGAUCCUUUUGAACGAGGAGGAGAAAUUGGGAGAAGGCGGAGCGCGGUACCUGGAGCAGAUCAUAUUCGAAAUCAACUACCAGAGCGGAUCGUGGCGGAAGCUGAGGCGCAAGAAGGUGCUCAGCACACCGGCUCCCCCUCCCCCGCCGGGUCCGGACCCAACCAAGCCCGCCGCCUAA